GAAUACAUAGACACCGCGUGUCGUUAGGUGGCGAUGUUUACCUUAUUUUAACAGGUUCGUCCCCUGCACAUUAACAGAAGAAGAAAAUUAUGACGCAGGAUGGGAUCUCGGCUACUGAUAGCGGUGUCGCUUUUUGUGCGUGUAAAGGCAUCCGGCGGUGUCUCAAGUGUGACGUUUUAAUGGGAAAGGACGUAUUGGAGGCGAACGAACCAAAGAUUGUGCAUCAUUUCCUCUACGAUCCGGAGACGAGGCUGGCCAAUCGCAAAGAUGCCGAGGCCACGUCCUUCCCCUUUCCCGGUGUCUUCCUGCGGGAGAGCUUCAUAUCAGAGGAGGAGGAGGAAAAGCUGAUCUGCACGAUGGACCAGAAUGUGUGGAAUGAGUCUCAGUCUGGUCGAAGGAAACAGGACUUUGGUCCAAAGGUUAACUUCAAGAAAAGGAAAGUGCGUUUCGGUGGUUUCAGUGGACUCCCUGCUCUGAGCCAAAGGCUAGUGCUCAGAAUGCAACAAGAGCCAAGUCUAGCUGACUUUCAGCCAGUGGAGCAGUGCAAUCUGGAUUACCAUCCUCAGCGAGGCUCCGCCAUCGAUCCACACCUGGACGACUCCUGGCUGUGGGGGGAACGGCUCGUCACCAUCAACAUGUUAUCCGACACCACCCUCACCAUGUCCCUUGAGCAGGGUCUACCGGAGUUGGGACUAGCAGAGGAAGUCCAGGUGGCCGUUUGUCUUCCUCGCAGGUCUUUAGUGAUGUUACACGGCGAGGCGCGGCACAGGUGGAAGCACGCCAUUCGUAGGGACGAUGUUCGGGGCCGCAGAGUUUGCAGCACCUACAGAGAGCUGUCUGCUGAGUUUCUGCCCGGAGGGCAGCAGGCAGAGCUCGGAGCUCAGCUGAUGAACAUUUCUCUGAGCUUUGCAGGAACUCCGAUAUAAGAUCAUCUACGGAAAAACAGACAUUUAAGUGACUUGAUCAAUUCAGACACAUAUUUUUAGCAAUUAUAUGUUGUUUUUCACUAAGGGUGGGAAAUGCUGCUAAAAUUCCCUGACGCAUAGUUAUUGGAAAAUGGGUAAUGGAAUUUAAACAAAACAACAAAAGCCACAGAAGUGAAUCAAAAAUGCUGUUAAUGAUUUUGAAAAAGUUUGAAUUGGUUUCUUCAUGUAUUAAUGGUUGCUUGCUAGCCAUUUAUCAAAUUCCUUAAUUUUAGAGAAAAGACCAGCUGUUUCCAUAUUUUCUGCAGACCUCAGGCUUUUCAACUCUACAUUUUAAGAAGAAAGAAACAAGCAUUUGGGUGCUUACAGUUCCUGCAGUGGUGACUGGAACUGGGCUGUCACAGAUUCCGUCCCAACCCACAGCAGCUGCGCAUCUGGUGUGGCGUUCACGCGAAAGAAUCAUAAAGAUUGUGAAGCGCUGUUUAUGUGCAGUUCUCCAUAUCCCUGCUGUUCUGCUGCAGCUUACAUGACCAACCACACCUUUUAGAAAGGAUCAUAUUAGUAUAGUGGUUUUAUGAUUCAGCUCAUUUACUACCUAUAUUGUAAACUGGCUGCUUUUCAAGUCCUGUUAUACUUGUUGAUGUAUUUAACUCCCACACUGUCAUUGAAAUACCUUUUGGUUUAAAAUAAAAGUCCCAAUAGUAAAACCA